CCACCCUCGUCCUUCUGCUUUUGUCUUCACCCUUCAUUUUAGCAGGAAGUUCCUUGAGAUGAAAUCUUUUGCUUUCUUUCGACGGAGAAAUGGCCUCGGGGCACACAGACAGUUUACAAAAUCAAAUGGUUCAAAGGUUUCAUACAAUUACAUGUUUUCUGUCAGUCUCUUCCACUGAAGUUAUUUUUAUUAUUUAAUACGCAAAAGCACGGGGGAAAAUCCCUUUACAUGUAACAUCUAAGAAUUUAUUUCUUCCAAAACCGCCCUGUGGAGCUGCAGUCAGGGUUUUUUGGAAAGGUGCGCGAUGCCUUCCACCAAUGAGCUUGUUUUGCACACACCCCCUACGGGGAUUAGGUUUCUUUCGUUUUCAUUUCCCGGAAGGGUCGAAUGUGAAAAUAGUGCAGUUUGUUUUAUUUGUUCAUCGACAACAUCGUGUUUUCUUUAAAAAAAAAAAAAAUGGAGUUUGGAAAGGUGUGACGCAAUUUUUUUGGAGUUACUCGAGGAAUCAGCUUAUGAGAAAAAUAGCCCCGUUUUUCUGGUGCAAACUAAAAGAUAAGGGACAUUUACAUGGCGAGCGUUUCCCCGUCACCUUUGAUCAAGCAAGAAACCAGUCCUUCAGCCAUAAUGCAUGGGAGGGAGGUCAACCUUCCUCCAACUGUACAUCACCCUCCCUCAAAUCAACCUCCUUUGGUCAGUCUCCACACUCAGGAGGACCUGUGGCAUCUACCUGGAAGACUGAGAAUAAAUCCAUCUCUGUGGGAUAAGGAGGAUGUUGCCCACUGGCUCCACUGGGCGCAGAAGGAGUACUCGUUACGCCGACCAGAAAAGGGACAUUUUGAGAUGAAUGGCAGGGCCCUUUGCCUCUUGACAAAAGAAGACUUUAGACGCCGCUGUCCGAGCUCAGGUGAUGUUCUUUAUGAGAUCCUUCAAUGUGUAAAGCAACAAAGGAGGAGUGUUGUUUGCCAGUCCCCUAAUGUUUCUGCUCUGGCGGCGAGUGGACACAUUCAGGCUCCGGUCAGCAGCCAGAUACCACCUCACUCUGUCCAAGAGCCACAGUCUCCCAUUGUCAGCCCAGUUUUCCUUGCAGUCACUGCGGCAGCGCCUGCAGCUGUUGUAGCUACUGUGAGCAAUCAGCCUGAGCCCAUUUCUCCUCUCAGAGAGCGUCCGCCUGUUUUUUACCCUUACUCUGCUCCACUCACUCAUAACAUUGGUUCUGCAGCUGUGUCUGCUUUACCUCCAAACCAAAUUCAAUCGUUUCCUCUAAAAGAAAGCGUGAUACAGGAGCCUCUCAACCUAUCCAGCCGAGAGAAGCCAAGGAGCCCACUGCACAAAGCCAAUGGACGCAUACCAGAGUGCAGACUGCUGUGGGACUACGUGUAUCAGUUGCUGUGUGACGAUCGUUACCAAGACUACAUUCGGUGGGAAGAUCCCGACACACAUGUAUUCAGGGUGGUUGACCCCAAUGGACUGGCACGCCUCUGGGGAAACCACAAGAACCGAGACAACAUGACCUAUGAGAAAAUGUCUCGGGCUCUGCGGCACUACUACAAGCUUAACAUCAUCCAAAAGGAACGAGGACAAAAACUCCUGUUCAGGUUUCUGAAACUCCCCCUUGACAUCAAGAAACACCAAAUUGACACAUCUGGGUCCCCUGAACAUACACCACCUCAGGAUGCGGACUUUGCAGACAGCAGUCCUUUACAGGAUCUCAGUGACGACCACUUUGAGGUUUCGCCUGACCGAGCUUCUCCACAGCCUCCCCCGACUGGUGCUCCAGUGGGAUAGAGAAGAAUAAUAUACAAUUUAAAUAUUCAGGCAGAACAAAUACAUGUAUAUUUAUUCAUUUUCAAAACCGAAACUGUUUUGAAAAUGAUCCAUGCUUGUACAGAUUGACUUGAAUAUUCUAGAUGUUUUCUGAGGUUGCGUUAUGUGCUGUUCAUCAUUUUACAUGUGAAUGAACACUAACAUUCAGGUAAAAAGAAAUAUGGAAAAAAAUAUCUUGAUUCAUCCAUAAAAUCAUUGUAGCACAUAUGGAUUUGUUAAACACAAUCACAAUAUGAUUUCUGGGUUUAUUUUCACAAACCAUUCCAGUCUGGUAUAUAAGUAAUAGCUGAAGCAGGGGCUAACUGUGAUCAAACAAAAUUUCUGCUGGUUCUGUUGUUUUAAUAUUUUUUUUUUAUAAUGAAGAAUUAGUUUUUGUGAGAGUUUUGGAUGGUUGCUUUGCUUAUGGAAAUAAAUGUUUUAUAUGACAGUCAAAAUUUCUAUUGCUGUUCAUAAAAGUAUUCACAACACUCGAACUGCUGCCGCCAUGUUUUACAAUAAAGUUGGAAACUAUUAGCUUUCCACCACAUAUAACAUUUUGAAUGUAUCCCAAAAAGUAAAGUUUAGUUGGUCAUCUGACAGAAGCCUGAUGUUUCACUUGUAUAUUAUGGGAAGCUUUAAAUAUAACUUCCCAUGGCUUUCUGGAAACAACAAAGGUUGGCUUCCAAAACUAUUAGAGCUCUCAAUCUCUGUAGCUUCCCCAGAUCCACUAUGGGACUUCUAUUUGAUUCUCUGAGUGGAGUUCACCUAGCUCCAAUCAGAGAAUGAAGAAUGUCCAUUCUUCCUGUCAAGAAGGGACAUUUCUUGACAGGUUUGCAGUUCAGCCAAACUUUCUACUUUUUAUAUUUUCAAAGCUUAGAAUAAUGUUUUCUAAGCUACGGCUUUAUGUAACUUUUCCACAACUUUAUUUAUGACCUGUCAAAUGUUCUCAAACAAACUCUUGAUGCUUUCAUAGACCUGGGUUUCAAAAUUAAAUUAAACACACGUACUGUUUCAUAAUGAGGUGACUUCUGAAUGUAGCAGGUUGCACAUGAUUUUAUGCAGAGAUAACAGAAUAAAAGGUGUGCAUGCCACACUUUCGAUUUUUAUUCAUACCCUUUGCUUUUAUCCUUUACAAAUUGAAAACAUUUCUUGGGGUAUGAAUACUUUUAGAGGGCACCUUAUCAUACAGCAUCUUUUGCUAAAAUAAAAAUAACAAAAUCUGUCUUUGCAGAUGGGAAAGAGAUCUCCCUUUACACUCUGUUGUUUAGGAGUGUGCCAAACUUGUACCUGCAGGGGAUGCUGUGGAAGUGCUUUGGUUAAAGCUGUUACCUGACUGCUUGCUUUCUCUCUCUCUUUUGGUUUAUGUGUGUUUUGUGAAGUUGCGCUAAUGGUCUUUAAAUCCCGUCAAAGCAAAGAAAAAAGCUGUUUGAAUUUGGUUUGAAAAAAUUAGGAAAUUAAGGAAAAUCUAAAUGAAAUAAAUACCACAGGCAUUACAUGUAUUUUUGGGUGUGUUUUGCAGAAAUAAACUAUUGUAGAUAUCU